GAGUUUCGGUCGGCCCACAACGGUGGAGGAGCAUCACAAUGCCAUCGGUUGUAAUCACAAGGAUCUACAUUUAAUUCUCAAAGAAUUGCAAUUUAUAACGGCGCGCAUGCGCAAGGCCGAUGAUGAGGCUGAGCUAAUAAGCGAUUGGAAAUUCGCGGCUAUGGUUGUGGAUCGAUUUUGUUUAAUUGUCUUUACACUCUUCACAAUAAUAGCCACAGUGACAGUUCUGCUGUCAGCACCCCACAUAAUAGUUCAAUAAAAUUAGGAUAUAAACGACACAACAACAACAGCAACAACAAUGCAAGAAACCU